GCGGACGCGGGAGGAAGAAGCUCGCUCAGUGUACGAAUCGACAGGGACUGGAACAGUUCUGGAAUCCAGGGAAUUCUGGAAGUUCACAGCCACUGCAUCCACUAUCUCUGCAACCACUUCUUAAAAACCAAUGAUGCAGCUUACCUGGUCUGGGUUUAACCUGUCAUCAUCAUCUCCACCUCUGUCAAAUCUGCCUCGAUCUCCAUCUCUCCAAGGAAAACAGCCUCAGCUUCUUCAACCCAACCUUGGAGCUCAAAUUCCCCCAUCCCUGGAACCAUUCAGAUCCUACUUGAGCACAAUUCCAAGGCUGGGAAUCAUGGGCAGAAUUUUCCUUGACCAUAUCGGAGGCACCCGACUCUUCUCCUGUGCAAAUUGUGACACCAUCCUGACAAAUCGCUCAGAACUGAUCUCCACACGCUUCACAGGAGCCACAGGAAGAGCCUUCCUCUUUAACAAGGUGGUGAAUCUGCAGUACAGUGAGGUGCAGGACCGGGUGAUGCUGACAGGUCGACACAUGGUGAGAGAUGUGAGCUGCAAGAACUGCAACAGUAAGCUGGGCUGGAUCUACGAGUUUGCAACUGAGGACAGUCAGCGAUACAAGGAAGGGAGAGUGAUCCUGGAACGAGCUUUGGUGCGUGAGAGCGAGGGCUUUGAAGAGCAUGUUCCCUCUGACACUUCCUGAGGAGGAACAUCUUCAUUGAUAACUUUCUGUUCUUUUUCCGAAAGGAAAAAAUACUUUUUAUUUUAAAAAGAAGUAACUUCUCUCUCGUGUACAGUGUCACUUUAGCAUCAAGUUGGGCCUUGUGUUGUAAAUUGAGAGAUCGGAAAGUGUGUCUCUCUUCCUAAACAGUGCUUUUAACUCCCAGUAUCUACUUAUCUAUAGGGGAAAAGGAGUCCUGCAAUGCUCAGCUUUUAUUUAAUUUUUUUAAGUAAAUUUCCUUGCUCUUUGUAAUGUGCUGAGUUCCAGCUCGCCUUUGCUUGUAGGUCUUGCUGUAUGUGACUAAGGGAAGGGUUUAACCACAUGAGUUGGAACAGAGUGAGCUGACAGUACAGUGGGAGGGUGCGGC